CUUCAGCACUAAAGAAGAAGAAACGUCUUCUCUAUCCUCCAACAUGGCGGCGUACUUUUUGAAAAGAUACGGCUCUAUUAUCGUUCCACACUUCAGCCCAGCAGGUGGCGGUAAUGCACCAUAGGUUGGCUUGCAAUAAACACCAUCAGAAGAAGACGAAGAAGAAGAAGAGGAUCAUGGCGGCGGCCCGGAGGCUUAAACGUGUGAUAGCUUCACAGCCUGGUUUCUUAAAUUUAAAGUCCACUUCUGACCCCGCAGAUUUGGUCAGCAGUCGAAGAAAACGUGUGAACAAGAAUAAGAAAAAGAACUGGAACAAACACAGCGACAUAAAUGAUGUGGAGGAGUUUUUAGAAGACGUCAGGCUCCAGGAGAGGACCACGGGGGGUCUGCUGUCUGAGAAGUCAGAUGACAGUUUGUUCUUUUUGGAUAUUGGACAACCGAAGAAAACUGAAGAGACUGCAGCAGAACCUGUUGAACGGAAGAGGAAAAAGAAAGCAUCACGUCCUCUAAGGAUAGACCUGAUCCUGCAGCAUGACUCCCUCGUCCCACCGCCUAAAGAUGUGCUGGCCUACCAGCAACCAAAUGCUAAGAAAAUCCGCCGCAUUGCCCAGAAGGCUGAGCAGCUGGCAGCUAAAGGUGUGGUGCCAAGGAGACAGAAACAGCUGCUGAAGAGACGACCGGUCGCCAAAACAACCAAGAAGGCAGUGACAGAGGCCAACAACAACCCAGACAGAGAAUAUUACGACAUAUGGGGAUUAGAGACCAAAGACUCAGGUGAUCCCUGGUACCUUCAACAGACUGGCAAGAAGCUGGUCAAGCGUCCAGAGAGGCUGAAUGAGAAGCCAUCUGUGCUCCCUGCUGUGGAAGUGAUCGCCCCUGGAGGGUCCUACAACCCAGACAUCUUCUCCCAUCAGGCCUUGCUGCAGGAGGCUCAUGAGGUGGAGGUAAAGAAACAAAAGGAGGAAGACAAAAUAGAGAGACAGCUGGCUGUGAACAAAGCAGACACAGCUACAGAGGAGACUAUCUUCAGAGAGCAGGUGGAGGGCCUGGUAGAGGAGGAGAACGAGGAAGAAACAGUUCAUAAUGAGGACGAGGAGGAUGUAGCAGUGGGAGGCAUUGCCCUGGGAGAGAAGAAGACCGAGAGACAGAGGAAGAGAGAGAAGGCAGUCAGAAUUAAGGAGCAGCAGCGGCUGGCUGAAAGACGGCAGACUGGCCAAAGGCAGCAGCUCUUCCAGCUUCGCUCCAUUAAGGUGUCCAUCAGACAGCAGGAACAGAAGACUAAGGCCAAACAGAAACAACGAAAGGCCAAGCAGGAGGCCCAGAAAGCCCAGCCCAGACGUCUUGGCAGACUCAAGUUUCAGGCUCCAGACCUGGAGGUUCAGUUAAGUGACGAGCUGGCUGGCACCCUGCGACGACUCAAGCCAGAGGGCAGCGUCGCCAAGGACCGUUUCAAGAGUCUGCAAAAAAGGAAUCUGAUUGAACCCAGAGAAAGAGCCAAGUUCAAGAGGAGAUACAAGCUGAAGUAUGUGGAGAAGAGGGCUUUUAGAGAGAUCACUUAGUGCCGAGCCACUGAGCACAAGAAGCUGGGUAACGUUUAUAGCCACAAGUGCAACAUAAUGGAACUGUGUAUAUAUCAAAAAAGUCUUGGUGAAAGCUUGAAGGAGUUCCAUCAGAAUAUCAUAUAAGUAAUGGUUCAUAAAUCAUUCAGUUCAGAAGUUCCAUCUGUAUUCCAGAAUCAUUUAUUGUGAAAGUUGCUGAAGGAAAAAACUCUACAAGGGCAAACAUUUGGUUUUUUUCUCAUACACACUGAUUUUUUUUUUUUUUAUGUACAUGCUUGAGAAUCCAUGGGACCUGGAUUAAGACCACAAAGUGUUCAGCUGUGAUUAAAGAGUUAAGAAGAAGAAAUGAAAAAUAAAUGCAUUUCAGUCCCUAAACCUGGAUUAUGUGAUUAAGAGAUGUUUAAUUGAACUGUAUUAAUAUUUUUUUUAUAAUCUUAGGUAAAAAAAAAAAAUGCAGACAGAUGGGCCCGGGGAAGUUAGCAUGUGAUAAUUGAGUCCAGCUCACUGGCUUAAAACCAUAAUUGCCUUCAGUGUCCUGGUGGUGUGAACAAGGA